AAAAUAAAGAGGAGAGCCGAGCAGGGCUGAACAAUAGAGACAGGCAGACGGGCGAGAAGGAGAGCCAGCUGCCGCUGCUGAGGGAGAGCGGGCGCCCAAGCAGCUCGGACCCCGGCCCGGGCAGACCGCAGGCGGCCAGCGCCCCUUGGGGAAGGCGGACCAUGGGGGAGCCAGCGGCAGGCGCCCCCAGCCCGCCGUGCGCCUCCGCCUGAGGGAGCCUCGGCGUCCUCUGCCCCAGCCCAGCCGCCCCGGCCGGCCGCCCUCGAAGCCCGGUGUCCGCAGCCCAGCGCCCUCCGCCCACAGGGCGCCAAGCAGCCCUCGGCCCCGGGCUUGGCCGCCCCCCGGCUGCCCGUGGACGCCCUUCCCCAGUCAUGAACCCCCCGGAGGGGGCAGCGGAGGAAGGAGGAGCCGCCGACUCGGACGUGGACGCCUUUUUCCGGACAGGCUCUUUUCGGAAUGAUGGUUUGAAAGCUUCUGAUGUCCUUCCCAUCCUAAAGGAAAAAGUGGCCUUCGUGUCUGGGGGCCGUGAUAAACGAGGUGGACCCAUCCUGACCUUCCCUGCUCGGAGCAAUCAUGACAGAAUAAGACAGGAAGACCUGCGGAAACUGGUGACCUAUCUGGCCAGCGUGCCAAGCGAGGACGUGUGCAAACGUGGCUUCACCGUCAUCAUCGACAUGCGGGGCUCCAAGUGGGACCUCAUCAAGCCCCUCCUCAAGACGCUGCAAGAAGCCUUUCCCGCUGAGAUCCAUGUGGCCCUCAUCAUCAAACCUGACAACUUCUGGCAGAAACAGAAGACCAACUUUGGCAGCUCCAAAUUCAUCUUUGAGACAAGCAUGGUGUCCGUGGAGGGCCUCACAAAGCUGGUGGACCCCUCCCAGCUGACGGAGGAGUUCGAUGGCUCCUUGGACUACAACCACGAGGAGUGGAUCGAGCUGCGGCUCUCCUUGGAGGAGUUCUUCAACAGUGCCGUACACCUGCUCUCACGCCUUGAAGACCUGCAGGAGAUGCUGGCCCGGAAGGAGUUCCCUGUGGAUGUGGAGGGCUCGAGGCGGCUAAUUGAUGAACACACACAGCUGAAGAAGAAGGUGCUGAAGGCCCCUGUGGAGGAGCUGGACCGGGAGGGGCAGCGGCUGCUACAGUGCAUCCGCUGCAGUGAUGGCUUCUCAGGGCGCAACUGCAUCCCAGGCAGUGCCGACUUCCAGAGCCUGGUGCCCAAGAUCACCAGCCUUCUGGACAAGCUGCACUCCACCCGGCAGCACCUGCACCAGAUGUGGCAUGUGCGCAAGCUCAAGCUAGACCAGUGCUUCCAGCUGCGGCUCUUCGAGCAGGAUGCUGAAAAGAUGUUCGACUGGAUAAGCCACAACAAGGAGUUAUUCCUCCAGAGCCAUACAGAGAUUGGAGUCAGCUACCAGCAUGCCCUAGACCUCCAAACACAGCACAAUCACUUUGCCAUGAACUCCAUGAAUGCCUAUGUCAACAUCAACCGCAUCAUGUCUGUGGCUUCCCGCCUCUCAGAGGCUGGCCACUACGCUUCACAGCAAAUCAAGCAGAUCUCCACGCAGCUAGACCAGGAAUGGAAGAGUUUCGCAGCUGCCCUGGAUGAACGCAGCACCAUCCUCGCCAUGUCUGCUGUGUUCCAUCAGAAGGCUGAGCAGUUCUUGUCGGGAGUGGAUGCCUGGUGCAAGAUGUGCAGCGAAGGUGGCCUGCCGUCUGAGAUGCAGGACCUGGAGCUGGCGAUUCACCACCACCAGUCUUUGUAUGAGCAGGUGACCCAGGCCUACACAGAGGUCAGCCAGGACGGCAAAGCACUGCUGGAUGUGCUGCAGCGGCCCCUGAGUCCCGGGAACUCCGAGUCCCUCACAGCCACAGCCAACUACUCCAAGGCGGUGCACCAGGUGCUGGAUGUGGUGCACGAGGUGCUGCACCACCAGCGGCGGCUUGAGAGCAUCUGGCAGCACCGCAAGGUGCGGCUCCACCAGCGCCUGCAGCUCUGCGUCUUCCAGCAGGAUGUCCAGCAGGUGUUAGAUUGGAUUGAAAACCACGGCGAGGCCUUUCUCAGCAAGCACACAGGGGUCGGGAAGUCUCUGCAUCGAGCUCGGGCCCUGCAGAAGAGGCACGAUGACUUUGAAGAGGUGGCUCAGAAUACAUACACCAAUGCGGACAAGCUCCUAGAAGCGGCAGAGCAGCUGGCUCAGACUGGGGAAUGUGACCCGGAGGAGAUCUACAAGGCAGCUAGACACCUGGAGGUGCGCAUCCAAGACUUCGUGCGCAGGGUGGAGCAGCGGAAGCUUCUGCUGGACAUGUCUGUCUCCUUCCAUACUCACACCAAAGAGCUAUGGACAUGGAUGGAAGACCUUCAGAAGGAGAUGCUGGAGGAUGUCUGUGCAGACUCUGUGGAUGCGGUCCAGGAACUGAUCAAGCAGUUCCAGCAGCAGCAGACCGCCACUCUGGAUGCCACACUUAAUGUCAUCAAGGAGGGCGAAGACCUUAUCCAGCAACUCAGGUCAGCGCCUCCCUCCCUGGGGGAGCCCAGCGAGGCCAGGGACUCAGCUGUGUCCAACAACAAGACGCCCCAUAGUAGCUCCAUCAGCCACAUAGAGUCAGUGCUGCAGCAGCUGGAUGACGCCCAGGUGCAAAUGGAGGAGCUGUUCCACGAACGCAAGAUCAAGCUGGACAUCUUCCUGCAGCUGCGCAUCUUUGAGCAGUACACCAUUGAGGUGACAGCAGAGCUCGACGCUUGGAAUGAGGAUUUGCUUCGGCAGAUGAAUGACUUCAACACGGAGGAUCUAACGCUGGCGGAACAACGGCUGCAGCGCCACACAGAGCGGAAGCUAGCCAUGAACAACAUGACCUUUGAGGUCAUCCAGCAGGGCCAGGAUCUGCACCAGUAUAUCAUGGAGGUCCAGGCCUCAGGGAUUGAGUUAAUCUGUGAAAAAGACAUUGAUCUGGCAGCCCAGGUACAAGAGCUAUUAGAGUUUCUCCAUGAGAAACAGCAUGAGUUGGAGCUCAACGCAGAGCAGACCCACAAGCGACUUGAGCAGUGCCUCCAACUGCGGCACCUCCAGGCCGAGGUCAAACAGGUCCUGGGAUGGAUCCGCAAUGGGGAGUCAAUGCUCAAUGCCAGCCUGGUCAAUGCCAGCUCUUUGUCUGAAGCAGAGCAGCUACAGCGGGAGCACGAGCAGUUCCAACUAGCCAUCGAGUCCCUCUUUCAUGCCACUUCCUUGCAGAAGACACACCAGAGUGCCCUGCAGGUUCAGCAGAAAGCUGAGGCACUGCUCCAGGCUGGCCACUAUGAUGCAGAUGCCAUCCGGGAAUGUGCUGAGAAGGUGGCCCUCCACUGGCAGCAACUCAUGCUCAAGAUGGAAGACCGACUGAAAUUGGUCAAUGCCUCAGUGGCCUUUUAUAAAACUUCUGAGCAGGUCUGUAGUGUCCUGGAGAGCUUAGAGCAAGAAUACCGAAGAGAUGAGGACUGGUGUGGUGGACGAGAUAAAUUGGGGCCAGCAACAGAGAUCGACCACGUCAUUCCACUCAUCAGUAAACAUCUGGAACAAAAGGAAGCCUUUCUUAAGGCCUGCACCCUGGCACGGCGGAAUGCUGAGGUCUUUCUCAAGUACAUCCACAGGAACAACGUCAGCAUGCCCAGUGCUGCCAGCCACACCCGAGGACCUGAACAGCAAGUGAAAGCCAUCCUGAGUGAGCUCUUACAGAGGGAGAACCGUGUCCUGCACUUCUGGACAUUGAAGAAGCGGCGGUUAGACCAGUGUCAGCAAUAUGUGGUGUUUGAGCGAAGCGCCAAGCAGGCACUAGACUGGAUCCAAGAAACAGGGGAAUAUUACCUCUCAACACAUACCUCCACCGGGGAGACCACAGAGGAGACUCAGGAACUGCUGAAAGAAUAUGGGGAGUUCAGGGUGCCUGCCAAGCAAACAAAGGAGAAGGUGAAGCUUCUGAUUCAGCUGGCUGAUAGCUUUGUGGAAAAAGGUCACAUUCAUGCCACAGAGAUCAGGAAAUGGGUGACCACAGUGGACAAGCAUUACAGAGACUUCUCAUUGAGGAUGGGAAAAUACCGGUACUCCCUGGAGAAAGCCCUAGGAGUCAACACAGAGGAUAACAAGGACCUGGAGCUGGACAUCAUCCCAGCAAGCCUUUCAGAUCGUGAGGUCAAGCUCCGGGAUGCCAACCAUGAGGUCAAUGAAGAGAAGCGGAAAUCAGCCCGGAAAAAAGAAUUCAUUAUGGCAGAAUUGCUCCAGACAGAGAAGGCUUAUGUGAGGGACUUACACGAGUGCUUAGAGACCUACCUGUGGGAAAUGACCAGUGGUGUGGAGGAGAUCCCCCCUGGGAUCCUUAAUAAGGAGCAUAUCAUCUUUGGCAACAUCCAGGAGAUCUACGAUUUUCAUAACAACAUCUUCCUCAAAGAACUGGAGAAGUAUGAGCAGCUGCCUGAGGAUGUGGGACACUGCUUUGUUACCUGGGCAGACAAAUUUCAGAUGUACGUCACCUACUGUAAAAACAAGCCUGAUUCCAACCAGCUGAUCCUGGAGCAUGCAGGCACCUUCUUUGAUGAGAUACAGCAGCGGCACGGUCUGGCCAACUCCAUUUCUUCCUACCUAAUUAAGCCCGUCCAGAGGAUUACCAAGUACCAGCUGCUCCUGAAGGAACUUUUAACUUGCUGUGAAGAAGGAAAAGGGGAGCUCAAGGAUGGCCUGGAGGUGAUGCUUAGUGUCCCAAAGAAAGCCAAUGACGCCAUGCACGUCAGCAUGCUGGAAGGGUUCGACGAGAACUUGGAUGUGCAGGGGGAGCUGAUUUUACAAGAUGCCUUUCAAGUGUGGGACCCCAAGUCGCUGAUCCGGAAGGGACGGGAGCGACACCUAUUCCUCUUUGAGAUCUCCUUGGUUUUCAGCAAGGAGAUCAAAGACUCUUCAGGACACACGAAAUAUGUUUACAAGAACAAGCUACUGACCUCAGAGCUGGGUGUGACCGAACACGUAGAGGGCGAUCCCUGCAAAUUCGCCUUGUGGUCUGGGCGCACCCCAUCCUCAGACAAUAAAACAGUGCUGAAAGCCUCCAACAUAGAAACCAAGCAGGAGUGGAUCAAGAACAUUCGAGAGGUGAUUCAAGAAAGGAUCAUUCACCUGAAAGGAGCUUUGAAGGAGCCAAUUCAGCUCCCCAAAACACCAGCCAAACAGAGGAACAAUAGUAAGAGGGAUGGAGUGGAGGAUGUUGACAGCCAGGGGGAUGGGAGCAGCCAGCCAGACACGAUCUCCAUUGCCUCUAGGACCUCCCAGAACACAGUGGACAGUGACAAGCUCUCUGGCGGCUGUGAGUUGACCGUGGUGCUCCAGGACUUCAACGCAGGCCACAGCAGCGAGCUGAGCAUCCAGGUGGGACAGACGGUGGAGCUGCUGGAGCGGCCGAGCGAGCGGCCAGGCUGGUGUCUGGUCCGAACCACGGAGCGGAGCCCCCCUCAGGAGGGGCUGGUCCCCAGCAGUGCCCUGUGCAUCUCCCACUCCCGAAGCAGCGUGGAGAUGGACUGCUUCUUCCCCCUGGUGAAAGAUGCGUACUCUCAUUCCUCAAGUGAAAACGGAGGCAAGUCCGAGUCAGUGGCCAACCUGCAGGCCCAACCAUCCCUGAACUCCAUCCACAGCUCCCCUGGGCCGAAGCGUUCCACCAACACCCUGAAGAAGUGGCUGACGAGUCCCGUGCGCCGGCUUAACAGUGGGAAAGCAGACGGAAACAUCAAGAAGCAGAAGAAAGUACGAGAUGGUCGGAAGAGCUUCGACCUGGGAUCUCCCAAGCCUGGGGAUGAGACGACCCCUCAGGGAGAUAGCGCUGAUGAGAGCAAGAAAGGUUGGGGUGAAGAUGAGGCAGAUGAAGAGUCACACACACCCCUCCCCCCGCCUAUGAAGAUCUUUGACAACGACCCCACGCAGGACGAAAUGUCCUCCUCUUUGCUAGCAGCCCGGCAGGCUUCCACCGAAGUACCUACUGCUGCAGACCUUGUCAGUGCAAUAGAACAGUUGGUCAAAAGCAAGCUGAGUCUGGAAGGAGGCUCUUACCGAGGGAGCUUGAAAGACCCCACAGGCUGCCUGAACGAAGGCAUGACCCCACCCACACCUCCCAGAAAUCUGGAAGAAGAACAGAAAGCCAAGGCUCUGAGAGGCAGGAUGUUUGUCCUGAAUGAACUGGUUCAGACAGAGAAAGACUAUGUCAAGGACCUGGGAAUUGUGGUGGAGGGCUUCAUGAAGAGAAUAGAAGAAAAGGGUGUCCCCGAGGACAUGCGAGGAAAGGAUAAAAUCGUGUUUGGAAAUAUUCACCAGAUUUAUGAUUGGCAUAAGGAUGUUUUCCUGGGUGAACUGGAAAAAUGUAUCCAGGAGCAAGACAGAUUGGCACAGCUCUUUAUUAAAUAUGAGCGGAAGCUGCACAUCUACGUGUGGUACUGCCAGAACAAGCCGCGCUCUGAGUACAUCGUCGCCGAGUACGAUGCCUACUUUGAAGAGGUGAAACAAGAGAUAAAUCAAAGGCUGACACUUAGCGACUUCCUUAUCAAGCCCAUUCAGAGAAUAACAAAAUAUCAACUGCUCCUCAAGGACUUCCUAAGAUACAGCGAGAAGGCUGGUUUGGAGUGUUCAGAUAUUGAGAAAGCAGUGGAGUUAAUGUGCCUUGUUCCAAAACGCUGCAAUGACAUGAUGAACCUGGGACGCCUGCAGGGCUUUGAGGGGACCCUGACUGCUCAGGGCAAGCUGCUGCAGCAGGACACAUUCUAUGUGAUUGAGCUGGAUGCUGGCAUGCAGUCACGGACCAAGGAGAGGCGUGUGUUCCUCUUUGAGCAAAUCGUCAUCUUCAGUGAACUGCUCAGGAAGGGAUCCCUCACCCCAGGCUACAUGUUCAAAAGGAGCAUCAAGAUGAAUUACUUGGUCCUGGAGGAGAAUGUAGACAAUGACCCCUGCAAGUUUGCGCUUUUGAACAGGGAGACUUCAGAGAGGGUCAUUCUGCAAGCCGCCAACGCUGACAUCCAGCAGGCCUGGGUGCAGGACAUCAACCAAGUCUUAGAAACACAGCGAGACUUCUUAAAUGCCCUGCAGUCACCCAUUGAGUAUCAGCGGAAAGAAAGGAGCACAGCCGUGAUGAGGUCCCAGCCUGCUAGGGUUCCCCAAGCCAGCCCGAGGCCCUACUCCUCCAUCCCCGUGGGCUCUGAGAAGCCCCCAAAGGGCUCCAGCUAUAACCCGCCUCUGCCACCCCUGAAGAUAUCUACCUCCAAUGGCAGUCCAGGGUUUGACUACCACCAGGCUGGGGACAAGUUUGAGGCCAGCAAGAGUGACCUGGGAGGAUGCAAUGGGGCCUCAUCCAUGGCCGUGAUCAAAGAUUACUAUGCACUGAAGGAGAAUGAAAUCUGUGUGAGCCAAGGUGAGGUUGUCCAGGUCCUCGCCAUCAACCAGCAGAACAUGUGCCUGGUGUACCAGCCCGCCAGCGACCACUCCCCCGCUGCUGAGGGCUGGGUCCCUGGCAGCAUCCUGGCGCCCCUCACCAAAGCCAUGGCAGCCACAGAAAAUAGUGACGGGAGCAUCAAGAAGUCAUGUUCAUGGCAUACUCUACGCAUGAGAAAGCGGGCAGAAGUGGAGAACACGGGUAAAAAUGAAGCCACAGGGCCUCGUAAACCCAAGGAUAUUCUGGGCAACAAAGUCUCUGUUAAAGAGACGAACAGUUCCGAGGAGUCAGAGUGUGAUGAUCUUGACCCUAAUACUAGCAUGGAGAUCUUAAAUCCAAAUUUCAUCCAAGAAGUGGCGCCAGAAUUCCUUGUGCCCUUAGUGGAUGUGACCUGCUUGCUUGGGGACACGGUGACACUGCAGUGCAAAGUCUGUGGACGGCCAAAGCCCACCAUCACUUGGAAGGGUCCAGAUCAGAACAUCCUUGACACUGACAACAGCUCAGCUACAUACAGCGUCUCCUCCUGUGAUUCUGGGGAAAUCACCCUGAAAAUCUGCAAUCUGAUGCCCCAAGACAGCGGUAUCUAUACCUGCAUAGCAGCAAACGACCAUGGUACUGCGUCAACAUCUGCUACUGUUAAAGUGCAAGGUGUUCCAGCGGCCCCUAACCGCCCCAUUGCCCAAGAGAGAAGCUGCACUUCCGUGAUCCUCCGCUGGCUGCCCCCAUCCAGCACGGGAAACUGCACCAUUUCUGGUUACACCGUGGAGUACAGAGAGGAAGGUUCCCAGGCCUGGCAGCAGUCAGUAGCGUCAACCUUGGACACCUACCUUGUCAUUGAAGACCUCAGUCCUGGGAGUCCUUAUCAGUUCAGAGUCAGUGCCAGUAACCCCUGGGGGAUCAGCCUUCCCAGCGAGCCUUCAGAAUUCGUACGACUUCCAGAAUACGACGCUGCUGCUGAUGGUGCCACCAUUUCUUGGAAGGAAAAUUUUGAUUCAGCUUAUACUGAGCUGAAUGAAAUUGGAAGAGGCCGGUUCUCCAUAGUAAAGAAGUGCAUUCACAAAGCUACUCGCAAAGAUGUCGCUGUGAAAUUUGUUAGCAAAAAAAUGAAGAAAAAAGAGCAGGCUGCCCACGAGGCUGCCCUGCUUCAGCACCUGCAGCACCCCCAAUACAUCACUCUCCAUGACACCUAUGAGUCCCCCACUUCCUACAUCCUCAUUUUAGAACUGAUGGACGAUGGCCGACUCUUAGACUACCUUAUGAAUCAUGAUGAGCUGAUGGAAGAAAAAGUAGCUUUCUACAUUCGAGACAUCAUGGAAGCCCUGCAGUACCUUCACAACUGCAGAGUUGCACAUUUGGACAUAAAGCCUGAAAACCUGCUCAUUGACCUACGGAUUCCAGUGCCUCGAGUGAAGCUCAUUGACUUGGAGGAUGCUGUCCAGAUCUCAGGUCACUUCCAUAUCCACCACCUGCUGGGGAACCCCGAGUUUGCUGCCCCAGAAGUGAUCCAGGGCAUCCCUGUAUCCCUGGGCACCGACAUCUGGAGCAUCGGGGUUUUGACAUAUGUCAUGCUGAGUGGGGUCUCCCCCUUCUUGGAUGAGAGCAAGGAGGAGACGUGUAUCAAUGUGUGCAGGGUGGACUUCAGCUUCCCCCAUGAGUACUUCUGCGGUGUGAGCAAUGCUGCCAGAGAUUUCAUCAAUGUGAUCCUACAGGAAGACUUUAGGAGGCGGCCCACGGCAGCCACCUGCCUGCAGCAUCCGUGGCUGCAGCCCCACAAUGGCAGCUACUCCAAGAUCCCCCUGGACACCUCCCGCUUGGCGUGCUUCAUUGAGCGUCGCAAGCAUCAGAAUGAUGUGCGCCCCAUUCCCAACGUCAAGAGCUACAUUGUCAAUCGGCUAAACCAAGGCACGUAGCCAUCCCCCAGCCCUCGUGGUUUCACAUGGAAGUGCAGUGUGAACCAAAGUUAGACUGAAUGUGUCUGUAAAUAAUUCUGUCCAUCAUUCACUCCAUGUGGUUCUCUGGAUUGAGAGAUGUACCUCUUAAACCUCCUCAGUGGUUUUUCAAAGUCUGAGCAGCAGUGAAAUCACUCUAAAUCCAGGGACUUUCCAGAAGGUUGUUCAGAAGAGAUACAGAUGUACAGAGUCAUGGAAAGUAUUCAGAAGAGAGGCAGAGAUAACAAGAAUAGCAGCUGUUAUGAAAUUUUAAUUGUGUUCCAAAAUGAGUGGUUAACUUGGCAAAAUAUGAGAUCACUGAAGAAAGUAUAAAGGUUCCUGCCUUUGCUGAAAUUUUAAGCAAGAAGUUCUAUUUAACAGAGAUGUCAUGUAUGUCAACUAUACUGGUUUAGAUUACUUACAUAUAGUUUCUUAAUAGGAUACAUGUACACAUACAGUAAAAAUAUAUCACAUUCAACUUUCAGAGUUUUAUAAUAUAGAGAUAUAUAUAAAAUCAAUCUUAAGUAAAUUUGAGUGCUCCAGUUAAGACAGUAACUUAUGUACCGAAGCAUUACAUUGUUUUGACUAAGCACAAUUAGAUGACAGUUGUUUUCUUUUUAGAGCAUUUUAUAAAUCUUGUAUAGAACUCUUUUACCAGAACCUGUGCAUUAAGAGAAAGCAAUGUUACCCUUUUGCAGUCUGUGAGUGAGAAGAUUUUUCUCUCGGUCACAGGUAUUUGACUAACCUAGGUUCUGUUUAUGAAAUGCUAUCCCCAGAUUCACUGGCAGCUCAGAGUUCAUCUGGCAGGAAAGCCUGCCAGGGAAUAAGUCCAAAUACAGAAUGACUUGUGGGGCUAUUUUUUAUGUCUACACUUGGUUUGAAAUAGGUAACGAAUAAAACAGGUUCAUACAAAAGUGCAAAUAGAAACCUUUCCUGCAGUUCCUGUGAACACGUAACAACACUUUCUGACGUCUUCUGCAGCUGUAGAUUGCAGUCCUCAGAAAGUUAGCCUGCUUUAUUUCUAACCCCUUAUAGAAAUGAAGGGGUGCUUACCAAAAGGAAGCAGCCAUGUAGGCCUUUCAAAGGCCUGGUCCCAAGUCCUUUUUGAAGCCAUGGUAUAAAAUCUGAUACGUCAUUCUAGCAGAGCAUUGAGUUUUAACUGCGAUGCAAUAUCUAUCACUGCUCAGCCACCAAUAUUUCCCUGGACUAAAAGGACUAAUUGCAUUUUGAGGCCGAUGCUUCUUUCUGGUAUGUAUUCUCCGUACAAGAUGGUUAUGAACUGCCUUUUUUUCCACUGGUGGAAAAAAAAUUAAACCUGGGCAUUUCAUGGUCUCUUUCUUUCUCCCUUUUUUUUGUUUUUUGGGAGAUUUUGUUUUUGUGUUUUUGUACAUGAUCCAUCCUUUGUUUCCUAGAAUGUGUUUUUAAAAUUACUCUUAUGCAAAUGCUAUUUUAAAAAAUAUAACUUAAGUGUCUGUUCAAAUCAGGUUUAAUGGCAUUGCUUCUCUCAUAAAAAGAUGAGAAAAUUAAAAUCAUGCAGCACAGAAGUGCAAGCAGAGAGUUUAUGAAGGAUAAAUAGAAUUACAAACCUAUCUUAAUGAAGAAGAAUGAUGGAAACUAAGCCUGAACUUUAAUAUAUAAAAAUACUUAUUCCCACAGUGGAAAUGUAGAAUUAAAAAUGCUCAUCAUUCUUUUCCAUUGACUUCAAAGUCAACUUCUUCAUCCAUGCUCCACCUCAUCCCAUCUAAGAUUAUAGACUAAUAAAUUAGUAGAAAGUACAAGCAAUAAGACUAUAUAGCACUUAUGUAUUUUCAGGAUUAACCAAAUAAGUGGAAACUGAUUCUGACUGUAUUUGUUUCCUAGUUUUCGAAUGGCCCUGGGCCACCAAGGCUACUUUCUCAGAGCUGUCUCUUGACUAACCCUUCGUAUUCUUCAUUUAAACCCAUAGUUCUAUACCAAUACUAUAUGAUAAAAUAUUUUGAAAUUUUAAACAAGUUUACUAAAAACUCUUUUAGUAAGCAUGUCUUUGUUAUAAGAUACAACAUAAAAGAAGAAAGCCUGGUCCCUCGGGCUCAUCAUGGGAUAGAUACAGGCACAGAGGAUUCCGAAUAUCUGUACGGUAUGGCUUGGCAAGUUAUGUUUCGUCCACUGUGGACGAUGACUAAAAAGCCCCCUGCUGAAUCUUUAUGAGUUUUUAUGACCAUGUAGGAGACAAGCUGAGUUUUUGCUUGAGAAGGACAAUGGUAUCCAGACUGCAAGGAGAGCAUUAAUGAAAUCAUGCUGUUGGGAGGGCAAGAAUGUUAGAGCCAAAGCAUUUAUAACAGCUUUCACAUCAGAGUUGGAAUGGUCCAGAUGGAAGGCUAGUAUGAUUUUGUUAACUGGAGCCAAAGUACAAUCAUUAGAAUAAAACGAAUUUAAUAGGGGCCCCAAGAGAAAGGGUAUAUAUUUUAUAUGGUUUGAUAACUAAAGAAAGCUAACAGGGAGACAUCGUAUCUGCAAAGCUCCUGGUCCUUCCCAAUGAGGAUAAAGUGAUUGCGUUCCUGAUUCAGGAAUUCUCUUUAGCAAGUUGGAAAUAACAAGGAAUCCCAGAAGAUGGGACUGGGAAAUAUACUCUAGUUGCUCUGUGGGCAACUGUGGUAAGGGAUGAAGGAUUAGGAACCACUUUCUUGUACCUAUUUUGGCAGAGGUAUUUAUUACUUUGUGGUAGAGAAGAGGGGAGAGAUGGGAAAAUAGUCCCCUUCUUAUUAUGGUAAUUUUUGCAAUUAAAACUUAACUAGGAAUCAGUAAGAAUGAACUUCCAGUUGAAAUGGGAAAAAUAAUAUUGGUUAAAGUCACAAGUUUCUUGCUUGGCUUAUAUCCAUUGUAUAGGGUUUUGGGUUUUUUUGUUUUAUAAGAGUGGGGUGCAGAAAGAAGGAAAAGAUCAGGGACAACCCACAAUAAUUUUUUAAAGGUAUAUAUAGUAAUUUACUACAUCUUUUACAUCGCUUUCAAAUUAAACAGAUUUAUAUCCACUUACAACUGAAUGUGAGAAAAUUUUUAAGAAAAAAAGUUGUAACGUUGGAGGUGUCCUUCAGGCCUCUCACAGCCAUAAACACUCUUGGGGGAACAGAGGAAGCAGAGGAAAAGCUGGCUGCAGCGCUUUGUGGCUCACAAGUCUUUAUAAAUAGUAGUGCCUUUCAGAGGGGAGGAUGGGAGAUAAAGAAGUUCAUUGUAUUUAGAUUGACUGAUAUUGCAGCAUUUUUUCUUUAAAAUAUCUUUUAAAUGAAACCAUCUGAACAUAGGGUGAGCCCAGGAAUUCUUGAGUUUCAACCUCAACUGUUCCUGAUUCGUCCUUUCUUACAGAAAGUCUUUGGUUUUUUUCUGCCCCAAAUAUCCCCAUUGUGAAAAUGGGAGUUGGGGGGAAGGAGGGAGGAAUUAAUCUCAUAGGAAUGUGGGGAAAAUACCUUAGUUGGGAUGUCUAGAAAAUACUUGGAUUUUUUUAAAAAGUGCUACACACUGCCAGUGCUAAGAAUUUAUUUGAUGGUAACUUUGAACAUUCCAAGAUUUCAAUAUUCAUGUCUUUAGAUACCAUUUACAGACUCAUGAGAUUAAAUCUGUAAAUUGAUUUUAAUUGGAAGUACUAGGUGCUCUUUGUCUGAAUGUUUUUUUAUCUUAGCCUGUAAUUUCAAUAAUUUAAAAGCUUAUUUACAGAAAAAGGUUAGGAGAGCUGAUGAAGUGUUUGUCAGUAAACUGUUUUCUCGAGUAUGUCUUAUGGCAGAAGCACAGAGUAAGAUGCCCUCCAAAGUAACCACGACUCUCUUCUCAAGCUUUAUAAAGAGAAAAGCCCAAACAGCCACUUUCCUCACUGGGAGGGCAGAAAGGAGAAUAAAAUAUUUUCUGAUAUCACAACUCAUUUCUUUAGAAUCUCACAGGUUUCUAUAAUAAGAGGCAAAUUAAAUGCACAGGUGUAGAAAUGAACUGUUAGUUUUUGGAGGGAAAACUUUGGAUCUCUUUCUUUUUUUUAGAUAAUUAGAUGUUCUGGAAGUAGCAUAUUUGUUUUUCCAUAGUCUCCAUGAUUUAGUGCUGGUGAGUCAGUUGUUACUUUUUUCUUGCCUUGUGGAAGAGCAUGGACAUUUAGAUUUGUGAGACUACAAAGGGGCAAAUAUAUUAUAAACUAGAUGCUGGUUAUUUCUGUAUAUUAAGUAAAACUUUGUCCCAUAAAUUUGAUAGAGGAGGAAAUAUUUCAAACGUAAGGGUCUUCAUAGUAGGGAAAAAGUGCAAACUCACCACAUCCUUGUUCAGUUUUGAGAAAUGUGGGGCUUAUUUAUUUCCCUCCUGUGUAGCAUCUCUGUGGAGUCUGGGUUAGGCAACCACAGCAUGUGAGCUUUCAGUGGGUUUAUUUGCAUUACAAUUUUCUUAACUAUUUAAAAUCUAGGGAUCAUUAGGAAAUGAAUAACUAAGGUUAGAAAAGAUAAGAUUUACCCAUUCUCUACUAAGAAAAGGGGAACUACUAUGUUAAUAUACAUUUUCUAAAAACUAAAAGGUUCUUUGUUUCAUUAAUUCUAGAGGGUUAAAAACAGCUGAAAUUUGUCCAUAGCAUUAGAUGUCUUUAAUGGAGAAUAUUAUUCAUGUGAGAAAUAUAAACAAAAAUAGUAGAACACAGGCCAUAUUUUCUGUGAAAGACAUUUCUCCCUCAUUUUCAAUACAUGUAGAAGUUAGAGGAGAGGAAAAAACAAUUACUCUAAGACAAAUUUUCAUCUUUAAGGGACAUUUAUGAAAAGAUUGAAAUUAAUACUCAUGGGCUAUUGUGUUUCCUGUUAGCCUAUUUGCUAGGAGAUUCUAAAUUGUGGUCAGAUUUUGUUUUUAUUCAGAUGAACAAGAUUAACUGCUUAUUCAGAUAACUUAUUUUGGAUAGUGAGGAUAGCUGAAGAAAUGGAAAAGAGUGCAAAUGAAUUUACUAGCUGAGGAAUAGCUAGUGUAAGAGUUACAUCAAUGCCUGACUUCCGUCAAGAAAUGAAGCCACAUCUUGGGAGUAUUAUGGGGACUGUUACUAUGAUCUCAAAGACUGUGGUUAUGAAUUUGAAGGUAACAAAACAUACAUCUUCUCUUACUAACUUAAGCCAUAUAUGUCAUCUCUAUGAUUGAUUUUUUUUUGACCCUGGUGCUUUUACUUCUGUUUCUGCCAAACUUUGGCCUACUCUAUGGGGAAGGUGAGUAAGUAAAACUAGUAGUUAGGACAAAUGUGAAGACUGUGAAAAAACUAAAUAUGUUCUUCAGAACGAGAUCCUAGUCAGAGAACAGUAGUGAUCAAAGUGCAAACUGUUGGAAAACAUGGAUAUAUGUACAUCUGUACAUGUAUAUAGUGUAUAAUAUGUAUGUAUAUGUUAUUGCUCAUAUGCAGAAAUCUAUCCAUUUGAAGACAGCCCAGGUGGAUCAGUUUUCUAGUAGAAAACCAUUUAGGGCCAUUCAAAACCAUUAGGGCUGAUGGGUAGAGUUAGUGUCUACUCAUUGGGCAUUUAUUUGCUGUCUUUUGACACUACAAAGCCAAAUGAACAAAGCUUGAAACAUAAUGGGACCAUCAUUUAAGUUAUUGUUUGCCUAGAAUCAGAAGAAUAUAUUUGAAUAUUUAACAGUUGGUUUGCAAAUUUUAUUGGCACCUCGGUUUUGAGUGAUUCCUCCCCACCAAGUCUUUUGAGAGUUUGGGGGUGGGCUUCUCUGGCCAUUCAGAUAAAGGGCCUUAUCCAUAAGUGGACAGGUUUCCCCAUAGGGACCAUUACACAUAUACAUAUAAGUACAUACUUCCAUCAGGCUUGUAACAAUUGAUUUAAAAUCACUCCACAGUAUUGAUAAAUAGCUCUAUAUUUUCAAGGUGCAGAAGAAUUCCACAGCCUUAAUUAUUUCAGUGUCUUGCUGGUCUGCCUUAAGUGUAUCUUCUGGGUUUUUGGUUGUCUCAUUAUUUUUAAAUUUUUCUGCAGUUGUUCAUUUUGUAUGCACACAAUGUCGUUUUGUAAAGGUAGGUUGUAAAUAUUUUAUUUGUAAGUCAAAAUCACUCAUGUGUAAUGUUGUAAAGUGAUGACUUGCUGUCUUGUUAUUAUCAUUACAGUAAAUGUUCUAAGUUAUGGAUGAAGCUUCAAAAUGUACAUCUCAAGUUAUGCAUUCCUAUAAAUAUACUAUAUUAAAGAUUA